CCAGUGAACAUUAAGCGGAGCAGACCAAAAUCCCAAACAAGGAAAUGGUGGGGGAAUAAAACGAUCAGAUUAUUUAAUUAAUGCAUGUAAUAAUUAAUAUUUUAUUUUAUUGUAAAUUAAGAAAUAUUUAUGGGUUAAAAUGGAUUACGACUUCAAAACAAAGCUCGCCGCCGAAAGGGAGAAAGUGGAAGAUCUCUUCGAAUAUGAAGGUUGCAAAGUGGGUCGCGGCACCUACGGGCAUGUUUAUAAAGCUAAACGCAAAGACGGGAAGGAUGAGAAGGAGUAUGCCCUCAAGCAGAUCGAAGGUACAGGCAUCUCCAUGUCGGCUUGCCGGGAGAUCGCGUUGCUGAGAGAGCUGAAGCACCCAAAUGUCAUCGCGCUACAGAAGGUGUUUCUGUCCCACAGUGAUCGCAAAGUGUGGCUCCUCUUUGACUAUGCAGAGCAUGAUUUAUGGCACAUAAUAAAGUUCCACCGGGCCUCCAAAGCCAAUAAGAAGCCAAUGCAGUUACCCAGAGGCAUGGUAAAGUCCCUGCUCUACCAGAUCCUAGAUGGCAUCCACUACCUCCAUGCCAACUGGGUCCUGCACCGAGACUUGAAACCUGCCAAUAUUCUGGUGAUGGGGGAGGGCCUGGAGAGGGGGCGGGUCAAAAUCGCGGAUAUGGGUUUUGCGCGCCUAUUUAAUUCUCCUCUGAAGCCUUUGGCUGAUCUGGACCCAGUUGUUGUUACAUUCUGGUACCGGGCACCUGAACUGCUACUGGGUGCACGACACUACACCAAAGCAAUCGACAUCUGGGCGAUAGGCUGCAUCUUCGCCGAGCUGCUGACGUCCGAGCCGAUAUUUCACUGCCGUCAGGAGGACAUCAAAACCAGCAACCCCUUCCACCACGACCAGCUGGACCGCAUUUUCAGCGUCAUGGGCUUUCCUGCAGACAAAGACUGGGAAGACAUCCGGAAAAUGCCGGAAUAUCCGACCCUACAAAAAGACUUCAGGAGAACAACGUAUGCUAACAGCAGUCUCAUCAAGUACAUGGAAAAGCAUAAAGUAAAGCCAGACAGCAAAGUCUUUCUGUUGCUCCAGAAGCUUCUUACCAUGGAUCCCACCAAAAGAAUCACUUCUGAACAGGCGCUGCAAGACCCCUAUUUCCUGGAGGACCCUUUACCCACAUCUGAUGUUUUUGCUGGAUGCCAGAUCCCGUAUCCCAAGCGUGAGUUCCUGAAUGAGGACGAACCUGAGGAGAAGACAGAGAAGAAUCAGACACAACAACACCAGCAGACGCAGGCCCAGACGCAGACGCAGACGCAGCAGACCCAGUCUCAGCAGAGCUCUGCCCAGACCAACGGCACGUCUGGGGCUGCUGGGGCAAACACGGGUCCCUCUAUCCAGCACGGCCAGGACCAGGGCCCCCCCAACAAGAAGGCCCGCAUUGGCCCUUCAGGGGUCACCUCAGGAACCAACGUCCUUCAGUCUGACUACCAGCACUCCAGCUCACGCCUUGGUUACCAAAGCAAUGUCCAGGGCACCACACAGUCGCAAAGCACUAUGGGAUAUUCCUCUUCGUCUCAGCAAGGCUCACAGUACUCUCAUCAGUCUCACCGCUACUGAGGCAGACCCACACACACACACACCCUCUCACUUCACUUUACACAUGAAGCGCAUACACACAGGUCUCUUCUUAACAAUUCCACUUUACACUAAAUUCUGCAGACAUCACCAGGACCAGCACUGUCAGUGGAUGUACCCUGUCUUGCCCCCUUGGCCCUGCCUCUUACCCUGCCCCUGGGUGGAAGCUGCAGCUCACCCAGUUCUGCUCACCAAGGCAUCUUUGUAGGGUCGGUAGUGGCUUUUCCUCCAGGAUUUCCUAAAAAGUUCGGAAAGGCGUCCGCGCUCAUGUCCCAGCCGAUCACACUACACCGGCUCACUCUGGACUGAUCAUGGGCAGCAUGGGUAAAUCCUUUAAGGCAUCCAGAUGUUUGCAGCUAUUGGUUGCCACCCAUCACUACUUCACUAGCAUCUUGUUAAAGAAAUCUGGUAAUCUUAACUAGCCUACCUGCUCCAGCACUGCCUCAGCAGAGCUUUACAAGCGCUAAUCCAUAGUCUCAGCAUUUUAGCACCUACGCCCCCCAUUUACCUCCGUAAAGACCAAGACUGGCAGAUGUGGAUAUCUACCAGUAGCACUGACACCAUCAUCCUCCACCCUUAAUCCAUUCGUGAAGUCUUGGGUGUGGCACGGAACAGGCUAACCAUUGCGACAUCUGCAGAUCCACCACAUCUCGGACACCUACCAGCCACAAAUCUGCAAUAUUGAGACUCCUACACAUAGGAACCAAAUAACCUUCCUUUCCUCUGUCCAACUGUCUGUCUCUCUGUGGAAAACAAUUUCUCUCUGUCUGUCUUUUUCUCUCUCUGUCCCUCUCUGAGAGGUGUCUUGUGCAUGUAAAACUGCACACUUGUCUCUGACAUGCACAUUGUAGAGAUGGAAGAACAAAGCUUGCGUAGUGAGAGAAAGGACCGUUAGCGGGACUUCCUGGAGUGGGACACAGCUGCCUCUGAGUGUGUGCAGAGCGCCUUUAUGCCACAUUUUGACAAAAGACCCAACGACGGACUCAAAGCCUUUUUUCCUUGUGUAAAUAUUUGUUUCUCAGAUGGGGUUACUUUUAACUUUUAUGAGUCAGACUUUGGUUGCUCAAGAGGAGCCUUUUUAUCGACGGUGAGGAACAGCGAAGAUCAGCGACGGCGGAGUUUGUCUGAAAAUGAAGAAAACAAAAGGGGAAAAAAAAAGAUCAUUUGGUCAUUUAUCGAAGAGAACCGUGAACUGCACACACGCAGCUCUACGAGAGAAACUGUCCAUGUGUGUUUGUUACAUUGCCUGGGGCAGCUAGCAGGUAAACUGCUCCAGUGACUGUUACCUCUUUAGCCCUGUUUGAUAUUUUAUAAAGUUGGGUUUAUGGGCUGUUAUUAUUAUUUUUAUUGCUAUUGAAAAAACAACAACAUUUGUUUUAGUUUUAUUUCAUUUUUUAUGGCUCAGUGCGCGGACUCUCGUUAAUAUAAGAGUUUCUAUGGCUCUGAAUCCAGUGAAGACGCCAGACGGAGUUGGAAACGCUUUUCAAAAGAGGCCGUAACACGGAGACGCUGGCGGUGACGGCGUCUCCUCUUCCCCUGUGCUGGGAGAGGUGAGCUGGUGGCCCUUUAACACUACACCGGUCUCUGUUUUCUCAGCCAAAUCUGGACCUCAGCAAGAGGGUAAGUGAGCCUGGUCUCAGAUCAAGAAGGAACAGAGCCUGAAACUGCACUGUGUCAAUUGUAAACACUGACAUCUAGUGGCGUGUAGGAGAACUGCAUGUAUAGUUGCACUUAAACCAGCCAGCCCUUCUGAACGCUUCAUUGUAGGUCAUUUGAUGUGGGUGUGGUGUAAAAGGGGCCUAUAACCUGGAAUGUGAUUGUGGUUGGGCCUGUACUUUAUGGCAUGUGCUGGCUUGUGUAGCUGAUCUGAGACCUGUUUUAAGGCUGGCCUGCAGGCUCAAGAAAAUUCACCAGGGUGAGCAGUGUGCAUUGAGAUGGCAGAAAGGCACUGAUCCUGUUUCAGGCUGAUUCCAGUUGCACUGACCUGAGAAAAGUGGUUCGCUUCAACCAAGCUGACCCCAGUACAGUCUGAAAUCACAGACAUAAUAUUUAAAAGAACACCUAACCCAGUAAUGAAAGAGGGCUAGUGAGCAUAAGCUUGGUUUCUCACCACAUGCCAUGUAUCAGUAGAAAUGUUAGCACAUUUGAGUACAACUUUCCUUUAGUGGUGAUUACUGACCAGCUCUGGACCAGCUCAUGCCCAACACUAGGAAAUCAGUACUACUCAGUGCUAGGAAAUAGUACUAAUCAGUACUACUCAAUGCUAGGAAAUAGUACUAAUCAGUACUACACAGUGCUAGGAAAUCAGUACUGCCCAAUGUUAGGCAAUAAGUAUUGCCCAGCACUUGGUAAUCAGUACUGCCCAACAUAGCUACCAGUUCUUCACAUGUGGUCUUUUGUUUUUCAAUUUAAUCUUUGGACCUUAGGCCAAAAAAGUUUUUUUCAAACUGAAAACCAGCAGUCUCCAAUCCCUUUUCUGAACUUGAUUAGUUUCUCGUGUGUGUGUGUGACCGUGUGUGUGUGCACGCGUGCGUGUGUGUUCAUAAACCCAACAGAAACCCAGUGAGAUGUAGACGAGGUGUGUGUAGAAUAGACCUUGGUGUCUCUCUCUGUAAUAUCUAAGCGAGGUGAUCAGUGUGUGGUGUGUUUCUGUCAUUCUCUCCACAGCUAAGGGUAGCUGUGAGAGAUGCGAACCUUCACACUCUUCCUAUGCAAAAAGAAAAGAAAGAAAAGAAAAACAAACCCAAACACCUGAAAAGCUUUCACUCAUGCAAAUGCCUCCAUGUCUGGUCACAGCAAUGAAGAUCACGUUUCUUAUGAUCAAAAAAGGUUUUCUCAGUUUUUAAAACAAAAUGGGCUUUGUAAUCCAAACAGCAGUUCUGACUUGGAAUCAUUGAAUCCAACUUUUUUUGCUGACGUUGUUGUUUUUUUGCUUUUUGUACAGUAUGCUGUAUUGUUAUCUAACAUGAUGAUAGACUGUAAAAAAAGGCAUGUAUAUUAACUCUAUACAAUCAUAUUUAUUAUUGUUUCAUGUGUAUAUAUUUACAUGAAUAGAUUAAUGUUUAGAUUAACAUCGGGCCUUAAUGUAUUGUGCAGCUGAUUUCGAAGGGGUCCAUUUUACACAGCAAGAUAAAUGUUUUUUAGACCCUUUUACAUAGGUUUCUUCUUUAGUUUUCUCUCUAAUGCGAGUCUCUUUAGGCAUAUCUGCUUCCCUUUAUAUACUGAGAUGUAUAUAGGCACUGAUGUAGUGGACGCAGUGAUCAUGCACUGAGCUCCCAUUUCCCAGAAGACACUGGUCUCAUAGGCUACAGGAUGUCAUUGGCUGGAAGACCAGCAUGGGGCUUUGUCGUUCUGAAGUGACGUGGGCCUGCUGGGGCCGCCGUCGAUCGCUUCUAAGCGUUUAGUAAUAAGCAGGUAAUUCUUUCCUUCAGCUGAAGUGUUUCAUAAAGCUAUGAGGACAGUGCCUUUAUUCCCAUC